AUGCCGCAAGUCCCGUGCCUCGCAACGCAAGGGCAAUACAACAUGCCAUCCAAGGCGCAGCUCAUGCAGGAGCUCGCCAGCGCAAAUGAGCGCAUCAAGAGCUUGGAGACUGAGUUGCGUGGAUACAAGAUUGGCCUUGCUCGAGCGCAGGCUCUUCCGCCCUCACCACCAGCAUCACCGCAGCCGGCUCAAGCCUCAUCACCGCAAGCGCGGUACUUCGAGUCGCUCACGCAAGAGCAGAAGGAUCAAUGUAUCAAGCUCAACAUCUGCUUCCGCUGUCGACAACACGGUCACAGCAGCUCCCACAUUCAAUGCCACAACAACGACUGGCGUGCACGUUCGCGAGAGCCAGCAGCAACAACUCCGGCACCAACACCUUCGGAGACUGCUUAG